AUGGAGCAACAAGUCGACAGACUACUCGAGAAAACCUGGCCAAAAUUACGCACCACGCCCGAUACCUGUCGGUUAAUGAUCGCAAUCAGCGGAAUCCCAGGCUCAGGCAAAACCGGCCUCGCCAGCAUGAUGGCCAACCGCAUCAAUCAACUCUACUCCGCCGAAAACCCAGGAUCACCACUCGUCGCCACAGCUAUCCCCAUGGAUGGGUAUCACUUGACACGAGCACAGCUGGCGCAGAUGCCAGAUCCCGCGUUCGCUGCAGCUCGACGGGGUGCCGCUUUCACAUUUGACGGGGAGAAAUUUCUGAGGCUGGUCCAAGCUCUCCGGCAACCGCUGACAGGGGCGAGUCAGAAUUUAUAUGCGCCGAGCUUCGAUCAUGCUGUGAAGGAUCCGGUGGAAAAUGACAUUGUGAUUCCACCUACAUGUAGGGCGAUUUUCUUUGAAGGGAAUUAUCUGAGUCUGGAUAAAGAACCGUGGAAUCAGGCUGCGAAGUUGAUGGAUGAACUAUGGUUCGUGGAUGUGGACUAUGAGACGGCGAGGAAGCGCUUGAUUCGGAGACAUGUGCAGGCUGGUAUAGCGAAGGAUGAGGCGGAAGCUGAUAAACGGGCAAGAGAGAAUGAUCUGGUCAACGGUAAAGAGAUUGUGGAUUGUCGGAUGAAUGUGCAGGAAAUCAUUGCCAGCCAUUAUGAUCCCAGAUGGGACUCGUGA